UAAUCUAAUCGAAGUAUGAACUAUUCGAUUUAUACGUCAUCUUUGUUGUUAGAAAUGUCAUUUAAAGUAUUAACUAUUUUAUUGAUUCAUUGACAACCAACCCCAUUUCAACCAAAGCCAUUGAACAAUUAAUAAUCUGGAAUAUAUUCAAAUAUCUCAUAUACAAAGAUCAAGCGUUUAUCCAGCUCCAUCCACUCAAUUCACCAUGUCUGCAUCACAAAAUCAAUCCUCACUCAACUCAACCCCCGCCGGUACAACCUUUGGUCCCAAUUCCGGUGCACCAUCCUCAACGGCAACUCCUGGAAUGUCAGUAGGAUCAGCUACGGCAAUGGGUCAUGGCCAUCAUCCAAAAGACAACGCAGACGAUAGUAAUGCCAAAUUACCAGGUUCCAAAUAUGGACCUCGACAAGAAGAUUUAGAUGGAGAGCAAAUGAGGAUGUCAGGUGAAGGAGAAGUGAUGGCUGCUCAAUUCGAUAAGAAGAAUGCUGGAUGGGGUGAAGAGGGCAGUUAUACAAGUGAUUUGGAUAGACAAAAGGCGGAGCAAAAGGAGGCUAGAGAAAAGAUCAAAAGCCAACGAGCUCAAGGUCUAGAUGUUGAUGGAGGUGGCGGCGGAAGGCUUGCGAAUGAGAACGUGGGAUCUGUUUAAGGUUGAAUAUUAUGCUGGGAGUCCUGAUUCAGACCUGAUAUCAUUGUGGUGGUUUGCCAUGAUUCACCAAUCCAUAUGGCGGCCAUUAUUAUAUCCGUGAAAUAACCCAAACGCCGUCGCCAUGCCCAAAGAUCAAAAUA